CUUAAUUAAUAUUAUUACAGCCUCUGCAACUUUUGCCGUUCUUGCAGCAUCGAAUCGAAGAGCGGAGGGGGAAGAGCAGCAGCAGCGAGCGCGUUCGUGGGAUCGCCGAGGCGCGCACAAUGUGAGGGCGAAUCGGUGAAGCCCCCGCGGUUUCGAUCCCCGGUUCCCGACCCGCAUCCUCUCCCCCGGUACCUGAUCUCUGCAGAUAUGCACAAGAUGCUGCAUCCUAGCUGGAGGGACGUUUCGACGUACAUGUCGCUGAUGUCAGAAUAUUGGUCUGUCCUAAUUGCGACGGUCAUCUUUGCAUCUGUCGGCGCAGUGACAAUUUACUACACGGUCAACCAGUUGAACAAGAACAUCAGCUUGAGCUUGAUAAAGGCUAUCAAGGCCAGGGCAAAGAGGUACAAGAAAUGGAAAGACAAGGUCCCCACUGCCUCCCACAUUUGGAGGAAAGAAGUUAUCCCUCGCAGUAAAGGUCUGAAAUGCUGUGUGUGCUUGAAGUCGGUUUCGCCUCCUCAGUACUCAAGGGGAACCAUUCAUCAGUGUGAUAUCUGCGGUGCCACCGCGCAUCCUAGUUGCUCAGGAAAUGCACACAAGGAUUGCAAAUGUGUUUCUAUGGUUGGUUUGGACCAUGUCCUUCACCAGUGGGCUGUACAGUGGAUUGAUACGGCGGAUCACUCUGAAGAAGACUCUUUCUGUUGCUACUGUGAUGAAUCUUGCAAUGGAGCUUUCCUCGCAGGGUCUCCAAUUUGGUACUGCAUGUGGUGUCAACGACUGGUGCAUGUUGAUUGCCACAGCAACUUAGCCAUGGAAACUGGAGAUAUGUGUGACUUGGGACCAUUGAAACGACUGAUAUUAUCACCUCUUUGUGUCAAGGAGCUUCAUUGGACAGGUGCAGCAGGGAUUUUGAGUUCUAUCACACAUGGGGCUAAUGAAUUGGCCUCCACUGUCAGAGAGAGGAUUAGGAGUAGUAGUAAAAAGUACAAAAAGGGUACCACUUCUGCUGAUUCAUAUAGCUCUGGGGCUGUUGAGCCACCAUCUGAUGUUGAAGGAGAUUCACAAGAAGCAAAUAGCGUAGCAAAGAGGAGGGAUGAUCAUGUUAGUAGCAGGGAUGAUCGGGUCAAUGGUAAAAUGAAUGAGAUACACCAAAGUUCUGAAUCAGAGAAAGAAAAACAACUUGUAUCAGAUAACAUAACCGCAACUAGUAGGUCAAAUGGACAACAUGAGAAUUCCCAUGUACAGAAUAGUCAGAAAUAUGAAAUUGUCAAUGUGCCUUCUGAUUCUAGGCCGCUCCUAGUUUUCAUUAACAAGCGAAGUGGUGCCCAGAGUGGCGAUUCACUGAGACAACGUCUGCAGAUCCUUCUUAAUCCUGUACAGGUUUUUGAGUUGAGCAAGCAGCAAGGUCCAGAAGUUGGUUUAGCUUUGUUUCGGAAGGUAACCCACUUCAGAGUUCUUGUAUGUGGUGGAGAUGGCACUGUUGGUUGGGUUCUGGAUGCAAUUGAGAAACAGAAGUUUGAAGCUCCACCUCCUGUAGCCAUACUUCCAGCUGGUACUGGUAAUGAUCUUGCGAGGGUUUUGUGUUGGGGUGGUGGCCUUGGUGUUGUUGAGAAACGGGGAGGUCUAUUCUCAGUAUUGGAAGAUGUUGAGCACGCAGCAGUCACUGUUCUUGACAGAUGGAAGAUCACAAUAAAGGACAAUCAAGGGAAGCUUAUGGCACCUCCAAAAUUUAUGAACAACUACAUCGGGGUUGGCUGUGAUGCAAAGGUUGCCUUAGAUAUCCACAACCUGAGGGAAGAAAACCCUGAACGGUUUUAUAGCCAGUUUAUGAAUAAGGUGCUAUAUGCAAAAGAGGGAGCAAAGAACAUCAUGGAUAACACGUUUGAUUAUUUUCCUUGGGAUGUCAAGCUCGAGAUAGAUGGAUCCAAAAUUGAUAUUCCUCAGGACUCUGAAGGUAUCCUUGUUGCUAAUAUCCGGAGCUACAUGGGAGGGGUUGACCUGUGGAAGAAUGAGGAUGAUGUCUCUGACGCUUACCUCCCUCAAUCCAUGCAUGACAAAAAGCUGGAAGUAGUUAGCUUCACAGGAAUGUUGCAUCUCGGAAGGCUGCAGGUAGGGCUUUCUCGUGCACAAAGAUUAGCUCAAGGUCAUCAUAUAAAGAUUGGAAUCAGUACCACAAUGCCAAUUCAAGUGGAUGGAGAACCAUGGUCUCAGGAGCCAUGCACCAUAGAAGUUUCUCAUCAUAGCCAGGCCUUCAUGCUGAAGAGAGUUUCUGAAGAACCUCUCGGUCACGCUGCUUCCAUAAUGGCCGACAUUCUGGAAAAUGCUGAGAACAGCGGUGUCAUCUCAGCCUCGCAGAAGAGGACGCUGCUCCAGGAGAUAGCAUCUAGGCUUUUGUAGGACAGGUCUAACGCGCACGCUCGUAGCUCUGUAGCUCACCCUGAUAGCGUUUCUCUUGUUUUCUGCUGCCAGUGGCUUCCUUCCGGGUUAGUACCAAACUACUAUGCCAGGUCAUUUGUACAUACAGUCCUGGUAUUUUACGCCCCAAUUCGGUUUGCGCUUGUGUAUAAUUUUGUGUAAAUUUUUACGGGGCUAUGGCUCCGUUAGGUCAUCUCCAACGGAGUCCCUAAAUCUGCAAAUUCUAGUGCUACAGUACUUUACGGUCUACUCUAGCACUGGUAAUUCAUCUCCACCCGAUCCUCUAUUCAGUGAUACAGUAUUGCUACAGUGUUAGGAAUAGGGGAUACUGUAUUAGUAUUUUGAGGAUGAAAACUUGAGGUAGCUAUUGGAGAUAGUCUUAUGAGCAUAGUUUGCUUGGGGCACUACCAGAGCGUGUCUUGAGGCUGGGAAAUCUGAUAUUGGUUGUCUGGCUUGUUAAAAUAGCACUGCUGCAUUGUUGAUGAUCUCUGUGUUACAAAUUUCACAAUCUUUCCUGAAGGCGUU